GAUAGGAUUAACGAUAGUGGAAAUGCCAAAUGAAACUGAGCAAUAGCCCUGGAAGAUAAUUGAACAUGUAAAUUGUACUUUGGUGUUUAGACUGUUAAUUGCGCUGCUGUUCUGGUUUGCGUACGGUUAAUUGUAUGUAGGGUAGGGAUAGGGACUAAGGUAUGCCGCGCACUUCUCAUUUGUGUACAAACAAUCCAGUGUUUACAAACAACGGUAACGCUGACCGUGCGGAGUCGAUGAGUGAUAGUGCUGCACGUACACAGAGGAGAAUUGAGAUAAUGAGGACUGGCUUUUACAGAGGCGUGUAACGAUACUCGGCAGAUUUGUAGUCGGAAAAGCGGAACCGUCCGGUGUCUGUUUUUAAACACCCUGUAGCGUACGUGUACUCGCGCCGCGUAAUAACGCGUGACACGAUCGGCGGACGUUCGGAACGAAUUUCUGGAGGAUGAGUUCCCGUUUCGCGGAACGAGGCGCGGACAGCGUCGCCGGAUGGCUCGGAAAUCACGCGGUCAACGUACCCACGCGACGCGGUCUUCUAUGCAAUUCGAUUGUUUCAAUCUGAUGGAACACUGGCAGCCGUCACUCACCGUUUCGUCUGUGCAACACCGAUUUACAUAUCGAUUUUCGGAUGAGGCGUUAACGCGCCGUGAUGGAAGGCGGUCCGCUCGGGAAACGGUGUACAAAAGGCGCUCACUGGGCCGAGGGAACAAAAGUUUAACGAAUAGAUUCGAUGCACAGCGAAUACGCGAUGAAAGAGUAAUAACAGUGGAGAAUUAUUGUAAAUAAUUCGAAUGUUGGAAAGGGUAAAUCGAUCGUUGAAUUCCAGUGUGAACUUUACUGGAGUGAUUCUGUAGAGAUGGAAUGGAUAAUUGAUGUUAGGUGCUUGUACCUUUCGAGGACUUAAUGUGUUUUCGAAAUAGAAAAAAAAUCGCGAACCGUAAAAUUCUUUAAGUACCUACUGUUGCUUUGUAUCGACGUUUACGGUAGCGUUGCGAUUUUGUACCGCGUGACAGCAGUUUGGUGUCGCUACUGUGUCACAGUUCGUCUAAGAAAAAAACUAUUGCAUCGAAUGAGUAGGUUAUUUUGCAGGAAGAGUGUGGAGAAUGUUUUGAAAUAUAUUUGAUUAUUAUCAUUUGUACUGUGAUCUUGGUUACGUGAGGUAGAAUUCAUUCCGAUGAUGGGAUCCGAUCACACGCACAGGAGAUGGAGCAAUUUAAGAAAAGUAUUAGAGAGAUCAGGCCCCUUUUGUAGGCCAGACUUCGAGCCAUCGUCGGAAACCUUGCAAUUUUUAUUAGAAAAUUGUAAGAUCCUUGUUGUCGGCGCCGGUGGUUUAGGAUGCGAGUUACUUAAAGAUUUAGCUUUGAUGGGAUUCAGACAUAUUCAUAUAAUUGAUAUGGACACGAUUGAAUUGUCUAACCUUAACCGGCAGUUUUUAUUUAGGCAUAAAGAUAUCGGCUUGUCAAAAGCAGAAGUAGCUGCACGAUUUGUGAAUGCCAGAAUUCCAGGCUCCGAUGUUGUACCACACUGUUGCAAAAUACAAGAUAAAGAUGAAGAAUUUUACAGACAAUUUCAUAUAGUAGUUUGUGGCUUGGAUUCAAUAGUUGCAAGGAGAUGGAUCAACGGUAUGCUCCUUUCCCUUUUAAUCUAUGAAAACGGAGAAUUAGAUAAAUCUAGUAUUAUACCGUUGAUCGAUGGAGGUACGGAAGGUUUUAAAGGAAAUGCAAGAGUCAUUUUACCUGGUCUGACUGCUUGCAUUGAAUGUACUUUAGACCUAUAUCCUCCACAGGUCACGUAUCCAUUAUGUACAAUAGCAAAUACUCCACGUUUACCAGAGCAUUGUGUAGAAUAUGUAAAAGUAAUCCAAUGGCCAAAAGAAAAUCCAUUUAAUUGUCAGAUAGAUGGCGAUGAUCCUCAACAUAUAAAUUGGAUUUAUGAAAAGUCUAUUGAAAGAGCAACACAAUUUGGUAUACAGGGUUUAACUUACAGACUCGUUCAGGGAGUAGUUAAAAAUAUUAUACCUGCUGUAGCAUCAACCAAUGCUGUUAUAGCAGCAACUUGUGCUACAGAAGCAUUUAAGCUUGCCAGUAGUUGCAGUGCCUCACUGAAUAAUUUUAUGGUGCUGAACGAUUUAGAUGGAAUCUAUACAUACACUUAUGAAGCAGAGAGGAAAGAAGAUUGCGUAGCAUGUAGUCAAAUCCCAAAGACAAUAGAAAUUAGUAAUCUGAAAUUCAAGCUAAAAGAUUUGAUAGAGCUUCUUUGUGAAAGAACCGACUUACAAAUGAAAAAUCCAGGUCUUACCGCUAAUAUUGAUGGCAAAAAUAAAACUCUAUAUAUGCAAACCGUACCAAGCAUCGAGGAGAAAACUCGUGAGAACUUAACGAAAACUUUAAUUGACCUUGGAUUGAGAGAUGGUAACGAGAUAAAUGUUGCUGACAUUACUACGCCUAAUGCAAUCGUAUUAAAAUUAAGAUUCGUUUAAUCUAAGUCAGAUACGUUCUAAUCAUAAAACUCCUUCAUUUCAUGGUUCACGAAUUUAUGACUACAAAUGUCAAUCGUGUAUUUACAGUAUUUAUAUCAAUUUUCCAUCGGUUUUAAAAAUGUUAGGAAGACAAAAAUUUGUUCAGCAAAAUCAAAAACAUCUUCGAUGUAGUAUCGUUUUCAACGAACCUAUAAAAUAGGUACUACACGGUAACAUUGUUUUAAUAUUAAUUUACUCUAAAUUUCUGUAAUAAACUGGUAUUGCUAUUUCUUUUUUUAA